AUGGCACCAUGUCUGCUGGAGAUGGAGAGACGCGGGCUGGCUCUGUCUCUUCUGCUACAUGGGAAAUGUCGCGCUCUAACUGAGCUGAACUUUGCUGCUCCUUUCCUCGUUGAAUUAUUCAGGUUUGAUUGUUUUAUUUUACAAACGAUCGAGAGCCCCAGUCGCUGCAGGGCGUUUCCUCAGCGACUAGGGACAGAAGGACAGUUUGUCGUGCCGCGUCGCUCCAGGGCCGGGAGGCAGCAGGUUCCUGUCGCGGUGUUCUUUGGGCCGGUUCGGGUUGCAGCAGGUUCCUAUCACGGUGUUCUUGACGCAGUCCGGGUUGCAGAACGUUCGUAUCGCGGUGUUUUUGGGGCGGUCCGUGUUGGCAGCAGGUUCCUGUCGCGGUGUUUUUGGGGCGGUCCGUGUUGGCAGCAGGUUCGUAUCGCGGUGUUUUUGGGGCGGUUCGGGCUGCAGCAGGUUCCUGUCGCGGUGUUUUUGGGGCGGUUCGGGCUGCAGCAGGUUCCUGUCGCGGUGUUUUUGGGGCGGUUCGGGCUGCAGCAGGUUCCUGUCGCGGUGUUUUUGGGGCGGUUCGGGCUGCAGCAGGUUCCUGUCGCGGUGUUUUUGGGGCGGUUCGGGCUGCAGCAGGUUCCUGUCGCGGUGUUUUUGGGGCGGUUCGGGCUGCAGCAGGUUCCUGUCGCGGUGUUUUUGGGGCGGUUCGGGCUGCAGCAGGUUCGUAUCGCGGUGUUUUUGGGGCGGUUCGGGCUGCAGCAGGUUCGUAUCGCGGUGUUUUUGGGGCGGUUCGGGCUGCAGCAGGUUCGUAUCGCGGUGUUUUUGGGUCGGUUCGGGCUGCAGCAGGUUCCUGUCGCGGUGUUUUUGGGGCGGUUCGGGCUGCAGCAGGUUCGUAUCGCGGUGUUUUUGGGGCGGUUCGGGCUGCAGCAGGUUCCUGUCGCGGUGUUUUUGGGUCGGUUCGGGCUGCAGCAGGUUCCUGUCGCGGUGUUUUUGGGUCGGUUCGGGCUGCAGCAGGUUCCUGUCGCGGUGUUUUUGGGGCGGUUCCCGUUGGCACCGGGAGCGGCCGGGCCGGGCCGGGGGCGGUCCCAACGCCCGCCCCGCGCGCUGUUCCCGCGCGCUGUUCCCGCGCUUGCGGCCGGCGGGGGCGGGGCCCAGCGCUCGGCCAAUGGGAGCGGCGCGCGCGCGGGCCGGGCCAUGGCGGCGGCGGGCGGCGAUGGCGGCGCGGCUGUGGCGGAGCCCGGGGCUGCCGAUGGCGGGGGCGGCCCGGCCCCGGCAGCGGCCCCGGGCCGCGCCCAGGUGUUCACCACCGUGGUGGACACGUUCCUGGAGAAGCUGGUGGCCGCCGGGAGCUACGAGAGGUUUGUCAACUGCUACCGCUGCUUCUACAAGCUGCAGCCCCAGCUGACCAGGAGCAUUUACGAUCAGUUCAUCUCCCAGCUGCAGACGUCCAUAAAGGAGGAGAUCCAGGAGGUGAAAAAUGAAGGGAAUCUGGAGGAACUCUUUAAUUCACUGGAUAGGAUUGUGGAGGAGGCAAAGGACCGUGAAGAGCCAGCAUGGCGGCCCAGCGGGAUCCCCGAGCAGGACAUCCGCAGCACCAUGGUGCCCUACCUGCUGAAGCACCGCUCCUACCUGCGCAGAGUCCUCAGGGAGAGGGAGGAGCAGAACAAGAAGGUGGCUGAGUCUGUGCUGCUGGGGAGGGACAGGAUUGCAGAGCUGCAGCAGCUGAUCCAGGCUCGCCAGCAGGCCUGGCAGGCAAUCAGUAAGGAGCAACGAGAACUCAUCAUGACAUUCCAGGAGCCCCAGUGAGGCUGCAGGAUGUCCCACAGGCUCUGCUGAGAGUUCAUCCCAAAGCACUGAUGGGACAAAGUGUGAGCAGAACUCAAACUGAGAAUCACCCCAUCAGGGCACUGGAGACUGCAGAGGGACUGAAAUGGCUGCUGGAAGGGUUACAGUUUGAUCAGAUUUGGUGCAGAAACAAAAAUACACUGGGAUCCUUGGAAA